GCGCCGCAGUGAUCGCGUUGCGGAGGGCUCUGACUGACUAUGCCGCCUUUUUCUCUGUUUUCUACUGGCUGCAAGAUACAGUUGGAGGAUUCUGGGAGACCCUCAAGCCACGCAAUGGAAGCAGUGACCAUGGAGGACGUAGCUGUGAACUUCACCAAGGAGGAGUGGGCUCUGCUGAAUCCAUCCCAAAAGAAGCUCUACAGAGAUGUGAUGUGGGAAACAUUUAGGAAUAUAAAGGCUAUAGGAAGGACUUGGGACAACCAAAUGGAGGAAAAGUACAAAAAUUGCUCAAGAAAUCUAAGAAAUGAUGAGGGAGCAAAAUGCUAUCAAUAUAAGGCUUGUAAUCAGCCUGAAAACAGAUCAAAUCAUACUUCAGAUGUGAAUGUGAAUAUGCAACAAGUUAUUUCAAACCCAGCCAGUAGUCUUGUUUGUAGAGAACCCCUAAUUGGGCACUCAGCAUUAAAUGUGCCCAUUUUACCUCACAGUGGAGAGAAGCCACAUGAUCAUUUGGGAUUUGACGACAAGCUGAGCAAGUAUAAUGGACAUGGAAAAACCAGCAAUGAUAACCAAUCCUUUCAGAAGAAUGUAAGAACAAAAUAUGGAGAGAAACCCAAUCAAUAUGAGCAACGUGGGAUAUUGUACUCUGAACUUAGUGAAAGAACUAACCCUGGAGGGGAAACCACUGUUGGUCAGGAAAGUGUGAAGGCUUCCAGCACCCAGAGUGGUUUUCAAAUCUAUAUUCACAGUGGUAAAAAGCCAUAUGUGUGCAAGCAAUAUGGAAAAACUGUUAACGCUGAAACUAGUAAAAUUCAGGAAACGAUACCCAUUGAGGAAAAACUUUAUGUAUGUAAACAAUGUGGAAAAGCAUUCAGGAGAAACACUCAAUGUCAAAGUCAUGAAAGUACUCACAAAGGGCAGAAACCUCAUGAAUGUAAACAGUGUGGGAAAGCUUUCACCAGACGCAGUUACUGUAAAAUACAUGAAAGAAAUCACACUCUGGAGAAACCUUAUGUGUGUAAGCACUGUGGGAGGGCAUUCAGUGUGCAACAGUCUUGUCAAAUACACGAAAGAACUCACUCUGGGGAGAAGCCUUAUGUGUGUAAGCAAUGUGGAAAAGCAUUCACUACGAAGCAUUAUUAUAAGCUACAUGAAAACUUUCACGCAGGAGAGAAACUUCAUGUGUGCAAGCACUGUGGGAAGGCAUUCACUACCCAUAAAUCUUGUCAAAUUCAUGAAAGAAUUCACACUGGGGAGAAACCUUAUGUGUGCAAGCAGUGUGGAAAAGCAUUCACUAUAUGGGGUAAUUUUAAAAGACAUGAAAGUACUCACAAAGGGGAGAAACCUUAUGUAUGUAAACAGUGUGGAAAAGCAUUCACACUGAGAAGUAAUUGUAAAAGACAUGAAAGAACUCAUAAUGAGGACAAACCUUAUGUGUGCAAGCACUGUGGAAAAGCAUUCACCAGGCUUGAAUCUUGUCAAAUACAUGAAAGAACUCACACUGGAGAGAAACCUUAUAUGUGCAAGCAGUGUGGCAAGGCAUUUACUACAUACCAGUUUUGUCAAAUACAUGAAAGAACUCACACUGGGGAGAAACCUUAUGUGUGCAAGCAAUGUGGAAAGGCAUUCAGUAUAAAUACUAAUUGUAAAAGUCAUGAAAGAACUCACACUGGGGAAAAACCUUAUGUGUGCAAGCACUGUGGGAAGGCUUUCACUACACACCGAUCUUGUCAAGUACAUGAAAGAACACAUACUGGGGAGAAACCGUAUGUGUGUAAGCACUGUGGGAAAGCAUUUACUACACAUCCAUCUUGUCAAAUACAUGAAAGAAGUCAUACUGGUGAGAAACCUUAUGUGUGCAAGCAAUGUGGAAAAGCAUUCACUACAAAGAAUUCCUAUAAUAAACAUGAAAGAACUCAUACACGGGAGAGACUUUCUAUGUGCAAACAAUGUGGGAAGUCAUUCACUACACAACAGUCUUGUCAGAUUCAUGAAAGAACACACACUGGUGAGAAACCUUAUGUGUGCAAGCACUGUGGCAAGGCAUUCACUAGACACCGAUCUUGUCAAAUACAUGAAAAAACUCACACUUUGGAGAAACCUUACGUGUAUAAGCAAUGUGGGAGGACAUUUACUACGAAAAGAUGCUGUCAAGAACAUGCAAAAGUACAUACUAUGUAGAAACCAUAUGGAAGCAAGCAGUAUGGAAAAGAAUUCACUGUAAAUUCAAGCUAUAUAUGUUAGGAAAGCAGUUACACUGGGGAGAAUCAUUAAAUGUGCUGUCAGUGUGAGAGGGCAUUUACUACACACCAGUCUUGUUACGCAUGUGAAAUUAAACUUAGACAAACUUAAGUGGGCUAUGUGGGAAAAGAUUUGGUAGUAAGUCCUCAGUUUAUAUACAUAGAUUGCACAUUGGGGAAGAUCCCUGUGUAUAUAAACAAUGAAAGCAUUCAAUGGACUUUUUUUUUUUUAAUCAACCAUGAGAAAAGAUUCACUGGAAAAUCACCCUGUAGAUGUAUGCGUAUUUGGAAAAACCUGUGAAAAUUAAUCAUGUUUCAUCACCUGUAGGAAUAUAUGAAAAAUUUGAUGUCAAUACUUGUUCAUAUACUUUUUAAAAAAUACAGUCCCAAAUGGAAAUAUCC